AUGUCGGCGCUCGGGGGAUGGAUGACGCGCGCGGGGGCGAUCGCGGCGGAUGGGACGCGCGGACGGAUGCGCGGCGGACGGAUGCGUGCGCGGUCGAGCGCGUGGACGAAAACGACGGCGGUGCGGGUGGGGAAUGGGGUGCGGUGGGGGACGAUCGCGUCCGCGGUGUCCGAGGGUGGGCGGGAUGGGCUCGUGGGUGAGUUGGAGGUGCUGGAGGCGACGCUUCGGGAGAUGCUCAAGCCGCGGGCGAGCGGGGAGCAACCGCGGGCGGCGGACGUGCGAGCGGUGCGGAAGGAGAUUAAUCGGGUGAAGAGAGAGUUGAGAGAGAGCGGUGCGGGGGGGGAGAGUGUAGGGGUGAGUGGGGUGCGGAUCGGAGGAGCGCCGACAAAGGCGGAGGCGCGAUACGAGAGCUCGUCUGACGAGGCUGAUGACGACGCGGCGUUGAUGGAAGAAUUGCAAAAGUUGGAGCAGGAGAGACAAAUUUUGAUGCAGUUGAGGGCGCUCGAAGAGGAAAACGCGAAGUUACGAGCUAAGAGAGAGUCUGUGGCGGCGUCAAAACAGCGUGAAGAAGUCGUGCACACGGCUGCGACGGAAGUGGCGAGCGCCGCAGAGACUCAGACGCGGGCCGAGGCAGAAGCCCAAGUGCUCGCCGCGGAAGCUGAGGCGAAAGCGAAGGCGGAAAAAGAUAGAAUCGCUAAGGAAUUGUCUAAAACUGUCCUCGUGAAGAAGUCUCCGGAGUCUAGUGCGAAGCUCGAGCGAAGUUUGACGCUGGAGGAGAAGAAAGCUGCAGCUCGCGCCAGAGUGAGAGCUCAGGUAGAUGCAAGGAUGGCUCAGUUGCGCGAAGAAAGUGCCAAGCGCGCGCCGCAAGUUGCGGAACGCCUCAAGGGACUAGGAAGACCGUUGUCGACGAUCGCAUCGAACGGAUCGGUUGCAAAAUUUGAGCCUAGCUUUUCAAAGGUCGAGAAGCUCGCGACGAGCGGGAACGACGAGGUUAGCUCACUUUUGAAGGAACUCUUGAUUCAAGAGCAGCAGUUGCGUGACGAGCGCGAGGGUAUUGAAGCGAAACUGCGGGCCGCAGAGCAGGCUGAAGAUACAUUUUUGAACGAAGGCACUUCUGAUGUGGCCGAUGAGGAGAUAUUGCGUGAAGUUGAUGAUCCGCUGAUGCGAUGGUUGCCAAAGCCAAAGCUAGUGAAGCUCAAGCCGCUGCCGACGCUCAAGCCGCUGCCGACGCUCAAGCCGCUGCCGACGCUCAAGCCGCUGCCGACGCUCAAGCCGCUGCCGAAGCGCAAGCCGCUGCCGAAGCGCAAGCCGCUGCCGAAGCGCAAGCCGCUGCCGAAGCGCAAGCCGCUGCCGAAGCGCAAGCCGCUGCCGAAGCCCGAGCCGCUGCCGAAGCCCGAGCCGCUGCUGAAGCGCAAGCCGCUGCCGAAGCCCGAGCCGCUGCCGAAGCCCGAGCCGCUGCCGAAGCCCGAGCCGCUGCCGACGCUCAAGCCGCUGCCGACGCUCGAGCCGCUGCCGAAGCUCGAGCCGCUGCCGAAGCGCAAGCCGCUGCCGACGCUCAAGCCGCUGCCGAAGCCCGAGCCGCUGCCGAAGCGCAAGCCGCUGCCGAAGCCCGAGCCGCUGCCGAAGCCCGAGCCGCUGCCGAAGCCCGAGCCGCUGCCGAAGCUUCCAGUCAGCGUUGAUGACGAAGCUCGAAUCGAAGCGAGAUUCGCGGCUGACGUUGAAGCGAUGUACAAGGAAGUUGAGGAGCUUUCCUUACAGAUUCCAUCUGCUGCGAAAGACUGGCAUGAUAUCCUCAACGAGACCGCUCAUAAAUUCUCCAAGAUUUGUGUACAUUUGAAUGGCAUAUCACCAGCUGACUCAAAGCUGUGGAGCGUGGAGCCGGCCUUGCCAAUCCCCGGAUCACCCGUCACAGUGCGCUACUGUCCUAACGAUAGAGUUCUGCACGGUCGAGAGUCCAUCGUUAUGCAUUACGGUGUAAAUGAUUGGAUGGGCGCGUCUCAGGUGGAAAUGAAGAAGUCGCAAGGAGGUGUGUUCAUCGCCACGAUUGAUGUUCCUGUCACUGCUCUGGUAAUGGAUGUCGUAUUCAGUGACGGAUCGCAGACUUAUGACAACAAUAACAAGAGUGAUUUCCAUGUUCCCGUUCUCAACGCGUCGCGAAAGUUGGAAAUCUCGAGGAUGAGCGCAGUGUUGGAGCGAUUCCAGGAAUGCACUGUUGCUCGCGAGGCAAAGGACGCGGCUGAAAAGAUCAAGCGCGAGAAACGUAAAAAGGCGAAAGCUGAGGCGAAAGCUGAGGCUGAAGCGGUCACGAUCAGGCAGCGAGAGCACGUGCUGUUCACAGAACCAGCAAAACUCGAAGCAGGGCAGACUGUCAAGUUGUACUAUAAUCCAAACAACACAUUGCUGAAUGGAUCUGCCAGCGUGUUCAUCAUCGGAGGUUGGAACAGAUGGUCGCAUAAAGAGAAGUUUAACGUGCAGAUGGCCAAAGUGACUGUGAAUGGCGAAGUGCGAAUGCAAGCUGAGUUGAAGGUGCCAGAGGAUACGUACAUGAUGGACUUCGUGUUCUCCAAUGGCCCGCAUGACAGUGCGCUGUACGACAAUCGCAACAACAUGGAUUAUCACCUCAAAGUUAUCGGUGGAAAGGAUGAAAACGGUAUCUUUGUGAAGGAUAAACCACUUCAUGUCAUGAGUGUCAGCGUCGAAAUGGCGCCGAUCGCCAAGGUUGGUGGCCUCGGUGAUGUCGUUACUUCUUUGGGUCUCGCAGUUCAAGCUGAGGGGCAUAAAGUUGAAGUCGUCCUCCCGAAGUACGAUACGCUCAAAUACGAUCUUAUCGAAGACCUCAAGGAAGAAAAUGGAUUUCACUGGGGUGGUUGCUACAACAAGGUUUUCAGUGGCACCGUAGAGGGUGUCAAGACGUACUUCAUUGAUCCAGAAAACGGGAUGUUCAGAGUGGGGAUGAUUUACGGCACCGAUUGGUUGGAGAUCCCUAUGACGGACGCUGAGAGGUUCGGCUUCUUCAGUCGCGCUGCUUUGGAGUGGAUGCUGCAGAGUGGUCGCCAACCAGACAUCAUUCAUUGUCACGAUUGGCAAACUGCGCCAGUUGCGAAGGCUUACUGGGAAGACUAUCACAAGUACGGUUUGGACAAUCCUCGCAUCGUCUUCACCAUCCACAACCUCGACUUCGGUGAAGGGUUGGUUCGCGAGGCGAUGGAUUACACUCAAAUCGGAACGACUGUGUCGAAGACGUAUGCGCAAGAAGUAUCCGGACACAAUUCAAUUUCGCAUCAACUUGAGAAGUUUCACGGUGUCGUGAACGGCAUCGAUCCAGAUAUUUGGGAUCCGUCCGAUGACAAAUACUUGCCUGUUUCCUUCGAAAUGGGCUCCGUGGUCGAAGGCAAGGCGGCGUGCCGCGCGGCACUCUGUGCGAGGAGCAACAUACCGAACAGGCCAGACGUUCCGCUCGUUGGUGUCGUGACGCGUCUGACGCAUCAAAAGGGAAUCCACCUGAUCAAGCAUGCAAUUUACAAGGCGAUCGAGCGAGGGUGUCAAGUCGUGCUUCUUGGAAGCGCUCCGGACAAGAAGGUGCAGCAAGAGUUCGAAGACAUGGCUAACCACCUCAAACAGUCCCACUUUAACGAUGCGGCGCUGCAUCUGUACUUUGAUGAGCCGCUUUCACAUCUCAUUUACGCCGGAGCUGACAUGCUGCUCGUUCCCUCAAUGUUUGAACCGUGCGGCUUAUCUCAGCUGAUCGCGAUGCGUUACGGCACCGUUCCUGUUGUUCGACGCACGGGUGGUUUGGCCGAUACUGUGUACGAUUAUGAUCACGACCACGCAAAGGCUGCCUGGGAGGGAAUGCCUGUGAACGGAUUCCAGUUCGACGGCACCGAGGCGCAUGAUAUUGAUUACGCGCUCAACCGCGCAAUCGACCUAUUCUACAAUGAUACCGCCAAGUUCCGCGACCUGCAAGCGAAUUGUAUGUCGUGCGACUUCUCUUGGAACAGACCCGCGCUGGAUUACAUCGAGCUGUACCACGCGGCGAGAAAGUGA